AUUAGAGCGGCUGUGGUCGCUUCCUGGGCUGCGCAGCACGUUAGAUGGUUGGCCGCGAAUAAAAAACACCAACACCAGACAUCUCCCGCUGCCCCCAGGACGCCUGUGCUUCACCAGCACAGAGACCCGAUCAUGAUGGCUCUUUCUGUCACGGCCGGCCUGCCAAUGUGCGGCCUGAGGAGUCGAGGGACUGCCCUACCCGUCACUCGCAGGCUCCGCCGCCGGACCGCGCCGCUGCCGGGCGGCGGGGCGCGGUGCCCGCCCUGCGCUGUUGCCAGCCCUAUGGCUCCUAUCACUGGGCUGGUACCUGCCGCCCCGCUGCCCAACCAGCACCUCAUCCCCUCGGGGCAGCCUCCCAGCUGGGCCCACGGCCAGCCGCUGUGCGGUAGGCCCGAGCCGAUGGGUGCCACGCUCGACCCUGAGACGGGCGCCACCAACUUUGCCGUGUUUGCCUCCAACUCCUGGGGCGUGUCGCUGUGCUUGUUCACAGAGGCAGACCUGAGGGCGGGGCGGGUGACGCUGGAGGUGGCGCUCAGCCCAGAGGGCAACAAGACGGGGGAUGUGUGGCACGUGGCGCUGCCGGGGCUGGAGGCCUCCCUGCUCUACGGCUACCGCAUCUUCGGCUCCAACGACCAGCUGCACGAGGACAGCGAGGGCCAGCGGCACGACCCGUCCCGGGUGGUGCUGGACCCUUACUCCAAGGUCAUCAUCAAUGGCCGGCAGAGGUUUGGCGAGAUGGGGCCGGAGCUGGCCUACGACAGCCCAGACGUGCUGGGCCACGCCGCCACCUGGCCGCAGGCGGCGGCUGCGCUGCCGCCGCCCCCUGGCACCGCCGACUUUGACUGGGAGGGGGACCGCCCGCUGGGGCUACCCAUGGAGGACCUGGUCAUCUACGAGAUGCACGUGCGCGGCUUCACACAGGGACAGGCAUCCGGAGUGUCGGCGCCGGGCACCUUCCGCGGCAUCAUCGAGCGCCUGGACUACCUGCAGGGGCUGGGCGUCAACGCCAUCGAGCUCAUGCCCAUCCACGAGUUCAACGAGCUAGAGUAUUACCAGAUCAUCCCCGGCACCGACGCCUACCGCUACAACUUCUGGGGCUACUCCACAGUGGGCUACUUUGCGCCCAUGGCGCGCUUCUCGGCGGCGGGCGCGGCGGGCGCGGGCGGCGCCGCCGUGCUCAACGAGUUCCGCCAGAUGGUCAAGGAGUGCCAUCGGCGCGGCAUCGAGGUCAUCCUGGAUGUUGUGUUCAACCACACGGCAGAGGGCAACGAGCAGGGGCCCACGCUGUCCUUCAGGGGCCUGGACAACCGCGUGUACUACAUGCUUGCCCCCGGCGGCGAGUACUACAACUACUCUGGCUGCGGCAACACUUUCAACUGCAACCACCCCGUGGUGCGCCAGUUCAUCGUGGACUGCCUGCGGUACUGGAGGGAGGAGAUGCACGUGGACGGGUUCAGGUUUGACCUGGGCUCCAUCAUGACCCGCGCCCCCUCCAUGUGGCACCCCUCCGACCCCGUCCCCCCUGCCGCCUACGAGAGCGACAGCGAGGAGGCGGCGUCGGCGGCGGCCGCCGCGGUGGCCGCCGCCGCCGCGCGCGCGCCUGCCGAGUCGGAGAGCGACGCCGAGGGCUGGCUGGACGCCGCGUCCGACGGCGAGGGCGGCGGCGGCUACGCGGCGGUCAAGUCCAAGGGCGCCAUCGUGUGCGAGGCCGGCUUCAUGACCGACGGGUCGGGCGUGCCCACCGGCACCCCGCUGGGUGACCCGCCGCUCAUCGAGAUGAUCUCCUCCGACCCGGUGCUCAAGGACGCCAAGAUGAUUGCAGAGGCGUGGGACUGCGACGGCCUCAACCAGGCGAGCGAGGGGAGGGAGGGGGGUCAGCAGGGGCGGCGGGGGAGGCGGGGCGGCGCGUGGGCCCGCGGGGCUUGGCGCGGCGCCUGCGCUGGCGUGGGCGCCUUCCCGCACUACGGCCGCUGGAGCGAGUGGAACGGCCACUUCCGCGACACGGUGCGCCAGUUUGCCAAGGGCACCGACGGGCCUUGGGUGGGCAACAUGGCCAGCGUGCUGUGCGGCAGCCCGCACAUCUACGUGGCAGACCCGGGAGAGACAGACUGGUGGGGCAACAACUCGGGGCGGCGGUGGAAGGGCGGGCGCGGCCCCACCGCCUCCAUCAACUUUGUGACCGCCCACGACGGCUUCACCCUGGCAGACCUGGUGGCCUACAACGAGAAGAAGAACCUGGCAAACGGCGAGGACAACAGGGACGGCGAGGCUCACAACCUCAGCUGGAACUGCGGGGAGGAGGGCCCCAGCUCCAGCCCGCUGGUCAACAGCCUGCGCCAGCGCCAGAUGCGCAACAUGAUGACCGCGCUGCUGGUGGCGCACGGCGUGCCCAUGCUGUACAUGGGGGACGAGUACGGCCACAGCAAGGGCGGCAACAACAACACCUACUGCCACGACUCGCCGCUCAACUACCUGGACUGGCAGAAGGCGGGGGCCGACGACGACGGCCUGCUGCGCUUCACUCGCCACAUGAUCGGCCUCAGGCGCGCGCGGGGCGGGGCGGGCGCAGCCAAGGGGGCCCGGCCUGCAGCGCCCGGCGACGAGCCGGGAGCCGCAGGCAGCUGCUCGAGCAGCAAGCCAGGCGGGAGCCGCUGGCAGCUGCGGAGCCACAGCGAGCUGCGUCGCACCACCUGGAUCACGGACGCCGAGGUGCAGUGGCACGGCACCGAGCCGCACAAGCCAGACUGGAGCGAGACGUCCCGCUUCCUGGCAUACACGCUGUCCAAGCCGGCCGGCGGCGGCCUCUACAUCGCCUUCAACUCCAGCCACCUGGCGCAGGUGGUCCAGCUGCCAAAGUGGCCCGGCCGCGUCUGGCAGCUCAUCGCCGACACCAGCAAGGUCGCUCCCUUUGACGUGCUGGUUGCGGAUGAGCGGCUGCCCGAGGAGGAGGUGGCGGCGCAGCGCGCGUCGAUGGAGAUGUGGAAACUGAGCCACUGCUACCCCAUGCUGCCCUGGUCGUGCAUCGUGAUGGAGUCGGUGGCUGAGCUGGACAUCCCGGGCAUGCCGCAGCACCGCAAGAAGGGCAAGGACAUGCACUGAGUGUGCAUCGCAGUGCCAGCAGCCGUAGCAGCAGCAAGUGCUCCGCCCCUGCCGGUGAGGUUGCGCUUUUUUGGCCCCAGUCUCUGAUGUUCUGUCCCGACCGCCUGUACAACGGUCACUGUACAAACCUGCUCCCUUCUAGCGGCCUCUCCCUCCCCAUUUCAUGUCCCACAGCAUUAAUUUUGCCCUCCAAACCUCUGACUCUUUUUGCCUGUCUGUGUUGUGUUGUGAGUCGGCCCAGUGAGUAUGCUCCGCCUGGGGUGCGCCGCAAUCAUGCCACGAUAACAUGGCAAACACCCCUUGUUCAUUCAUUCAUUUACUACUAAGAAAACGACAGCUGAGAUGUAAUACUAUGGCUAC